UAAUGUAGUUCACUAACACGUUGUCUAAAGAUAGUUUGUUUUUAGUCCAUUGUAGGAGCUAACGGUGCUAACCGCUCGUUUAUUUUCAUUGUUAGCUUGUGGGAUUAGCCUGCUAGCUUGAGCUGCAGCCUCUAGCUGCUGUCAGGUGUGAUUUGGUAAAAGUAGCAAAGCGUUAGCCUAUUAGCAAAGCCUGCUGAGGUUACAUCAGUUAAACCCGUCAUCACUCAACCACACAGGAUGAAUGUUUUAGGUUCAGAGCCUUUAAAUACUGGAGACAUGAAACUGGAUCACAGACUUUGGAAAUGCAGGCUGCAGUGAAGCAAAACUACCAUGCAGAGACUGAAGGCGACAUCAACAAGCUCAUCAAUCUGAAGCUCAGUGCUUCCUACACAUAUCUUGCCCUGGGGAUGUAUUUUGACAGGGAUGAUGUUGCAUUGCCGCACUUCUCCAGGUUUUUCCUGGAGCGCUCCAAGAAGGAGCGGGAACAGGCUGAGGAGCUGCUGGAAUACCAGAACACCAGAGGAGGCCGGAUUCUGCUGCAGACCAUCGCUAAACCGAGCAGGGAGGACUGGAAAGGCGGUCUGGAUGCGUUGACCUUCUCCCUGGAAUACCAGAAGUCCCUGAACACUUCCAUCUUGGAUGUUCACCGCAGAGCCGACGGGAAGAAAGACCCACAUCUCUGCGACUUCCUGGAGCGGGAGUUCCUCGUCGACAGCCAUGAUGCCAUCAAGAAGCUGGGCGACUACAUCGGCAGUCUGACCCGCCUCACCGGCGCCGACCCGCACGGCUCCAUGGCAGAUUACUUGUUCGACAGACACACCCUCUAAAAAAAGCAUUAACAUCUCCAGCUGUCCACAUUUCCAAAGAGGUCAAAGCUGCAUUUGUUUCCGUUAAAAAAACAACUAUUUGCACUUUUAACCCUGAACUCCUUUAUUUCUGUACAGUAGGUCAAACGUUAACUGGAAUUACCUCAACUUUUCUAAAAGUACCAGGAGCAUCAAUGUUCUCAAGUUGUAGCAAAAGCCAUAAUUUUUGUAAUGAGCCGUUAUUGUGAAAUGAAUCACAUUUGGUCUGUAUCAUGUCAUGCAUUCCAUGGUCCUAUUUUCACUUUUUACCAAAUGCAAAUGAAUCAAAUUGCUGAAACAUUUCAAUAUCUGGAAAAUGACCUGAAAUUUUUAAUAAAUCUAAACCUGCCAAACCUU